UGAUGAAGAAUAUAAAAGAUUAAUUAUAGAUAGAGUAAAUCAAUUUAAAGAUAUGAAAAUAUCGAAACAAGGAAGAGUUUAUGGUAAAACUGAAAUUAAAGAAUUAUCUGAAUUACUAGAGAAAACCAAACAAAGUGGUGAAGAAGGUGAAAAUGAUUUCGAAGAAAAUUUUAAAAAUGACUUGGAAAAUAAAGAAGAUGAAAAAAGAUGA